AUGACAGACAGUAACACAGCCAACAUGACGACGCCCAACCAUGCCAAGCAAGGCACCGACAUCCUCUUCCCAGCUCUCAACACCAUGAUCCCGAACGCUACACCCUUCAAGGAUCUCAACAACCUCAAAUUCUCCAUCGAUGCCAAGUUCAAGUGGUGCGAAACGAUUUACAGCACGCAAGUCGCGGGUGCACACAACCGACUCUACUGCCUAGAAGCUUCCGAACUCAAGCUCAUCCGUCGCACCCUCGCGAGCUAUGUGGCCUCAUAG